ACACUAAUUCACACUGUGCAGCUGUAACUGUUCAUUUUGAAAAUAUGAGAUGUGAAAUAUCGCCAAGCUAUGCUCGUACAUUUGUUGAAUUUGCUUGAUGUUAUAAACGGUAAACAUAUAUGUAGCAUUUUGCGCGCUUUCGGUUGGAGCUUCAGUAAACGUCCAAGCUUUGAAGACGAGCGUGCGUCUGUGACGCUGCCACGCACUACCGCUAGAGGAACGAUGACACAGUUUCGAGUGUGGCAGGAACACGGAACGUUAUUAAGCAUCGUGAACCUUGGAGUGACAGACGCAUAGAAUUUUGAGACGGUGGCGUGACUUGAAAAAGAAACAUUUAGAAGUUGGAGCAGAAGAGAAAUGCGUCAGUGAUCAAAACAGAAAUUAUUGCAAGUACAAGUGAAAGAUCAAUAAGUUUUGAGAAGUGCAGAUGAUAGAAGUUCAGAGAAGUGAGUAGAUUGACUGUAGCCCAUAAAUGUGAAAAACAGAAGUGAGAGAAGCGCAGAUUUUGUGACAAGCAAAGAAUCGGGACCAACGGUAGACAUGAGGACGAAAUUUUUAGUGUUGCUUCUCCUGACGGCUCUGCAGGCAACAAAUGCAUUUCUUUCAGGCGCAUCUGAAAUCGUCAGCAGCAUCAUAGAACAAGUUCAAGAUCACCUGGACGGGGUUUCCGAAAGCUCCGAAGGACGAUUCUUCGGCGGGGGCGGUGGCUACGGAGGCUGCACCGAUUCCUUCAGCGUCUUCGGCUUCCUGGCCUUUCUCCUGGCGUUGCUCGACCUGAUUCUGGAUCUGCAGAUGAAUAUGGCGGCCGGUGGGGGAGGAGCUGGAGGGAGGAGCAUCAGGAGUCCCGGUGGGGUCCACCAGGCCAGCGGGCGUCCUCCUCUCACUUGUCAGGACAACGCCGAACUGCAACAGGCUACUUCGGCCUGCUACAGCAUGCUCCGUGGCUUCUUGAACGCCCUGGCGUCAGACGACCCCGAAUGCGCCGAGAGGUUCCUGUGCGAAGGCGCUGAAGAGGCGGCAGCUGCUGGCCCUGUGGGAGAAGUGAUUGCCAGUGUUGCCAGCCUGAACGCCGGUUCGUGGCUGCAGAAGGUCAAUGCAACGCUGUUUGCCGGAGUGACCGAAGCAGGGGAAUCAGGGGCCAAGUCCGGGGGCUGCGCCUUUCGCUAUUCCAGGUGCUUCGGUCUCCCGGAUGCCUACCGCUACCCCGCCGUCUAUAGGGGGCCCCAGCUGCCCUCCGAGGCCUACCAACCCAUCCUACAGGAGGUCAUGGAUGCCGUGAAGGAUGCUCUUUUAUAAUAAGAAGGAUUAUUAUUUUUAGGGGUUCGAAAUAUAAUUUGUUAUUUGUAAAUAAUAAUAAUAAUAAUAAUGCAAUUUUAUUUUAUGGCAUUUUUUUAUGAUUUAGUGUUUGUAUAUAAUAUUGUGAUUAUUUCUUUUUUUGUAGAUCAGUUAU